GUGAAAAGGAUAACCAAUUUGAUGUAAUUUAUAAGAGCUACUGGGAGGGGUGAUGGGAAGUAGUUUGAUUGGCUAAGAGCGGAGCCGGAUCAAACAGCCAAUAGGAAAGCAGAAAGCAGACUCUUCGUUUGCAUCCUACACUACGAGGAAGUGACGGAUUUCGCUCAGUACGUUCGACGACCCCACGAGUCGGGAGAACCAGAGACUACAGUUCCCGUGAGCCCUCGGGGCAUCACGUAGCGCCUGCCCAUUCGCUCGUGCCGCGAGGACUCUAUUUCCCAGCUGCCUCAGGACGCGAGGACCGCACUUCCCGGAACGUCAGGAGUUCCGUCCCUGAGCAGGAACUGCGGUAGCCCAGGCUGAGCGGAAGCCGAUGCUGAGCGGGCAGCUGGUCGGUCGCUUGUUCUCCAUGGCCGGCCGCGUUUGUCUGACCCGGGGCCGCGCGGGAUUGGGGACCGUCGGUCCCGUCGAGGCUGCCAUUCGCACGAAGUUGGAGCAGGCCCUGAACCCCGAGGUGCUGGAGCUGCGCAACGAGAGCAGCGGCCACGCGGUCCCACCGGGCAGUGAGACGCAUUUCCGCGUGGCUGUGGUGAGCUCUCGCUUCGAAGGACUGAGCCCCCUGCAAAGGCAUCGGCUAGUCCACGCCGCGCUGUCCGAGGAGCUGGCUGGGCCGGUCCAUGCGCUGGCCAUACAGGCGCGGACCCCUGCCCAGUGGAGGGAGAACCCGCAAUUGGACACAAGCCCCCCCUGCAUGGGUGGGAGCAAGAAAACUCGAGGAACUCCCUGAACCCCCGGAGAGAAGGAGGACUAGGAUCCGAGUGGGUUGCAUGAGAAUAAACUCCUGGGGCCUACUUUUGCCCAAUACAGUCGUAUUUGUAAGAGAUGAGAACCCCUGCGCCAGUCUACCGGCGCAUCCAUAUACUCUGGAGAUAGCAACUCAUUUUAGAUCAAAGCUAACCCAAGGAAAGAGUAGAAUCACUGACUACUGCUCUUGCCCUGAACUAUUCAGGAAAAGCUGCCCAGUUUCAUGUUAAAUUGUAAGGAACCACAAGACCUGAUGACUUGGAAAUAAUCCUGUAUAUUAAAAGAGAAGUUAUCAUA